UUGAAUAUCUUCGAGUAAAAUACUCCCCGUGGGUCGUUUAUUCCUUCCCACUCCAGGUCUCCACAGCUUCAGUAAUCCCCUCAAAAACCAAGAUCUUACGAAAAAAGAAAAAAGAAAGAACAAGCCCUAAACUUUGGUCUCAACAAUGGUGGAUGGGUCGAGAGACGUGGAUGUGGAGAAGCUAAUCUCCUUCAGCAAAGAUCUCGUUCAGUUCUUGAAGGACGACAAAGAUGUCGGCUUCUUGAAACAGUGUUUGGAGCAAUCUAAUGCCGUUCAAUUACAGUGCCUUUCUGAAUAUCAAACCCUUCGGAGUUCCAUUCAAGAUUAUGAGGCAAAGAUAAAUAUGUGCAAGCAGAGAAUAGCAGAAGCACAAUUUGAAGCUGCUGGAGAUGCUGAAAUAGAUACACUGCUGAAAGAGUUAGAACAGGAGCUUCAGAAAGAACAAAUGCUAAGGGAAGAACUUAGAGUUAUAACCGAUGAGAUCGAUGAUUUAGAUCAUCAAAGAGCCUCUAUUGAGGAGCAAAGGCAGUCGCUCAAGAAACUUGAGCAAGAUCAGCUUCGAGCAGAGAUGAAGUUAUCAUUGUAUGCCUCUGUUACAAGUAUCAUUCCAGACUUGUAUGAUCAAUCAAAAAUAUCAGGCCAUAUUGUGGAAAGAGAUAACAAAGUGCUUGAAAAUUUUGAAUUGGAUCCAUCGAAGCUGACUGCUUUUGACACUAGUAACAGCAUCUGGAAGAUGAUAAAGUUGUAAGAAGCGGGGCUUAGUUAUCAUUUGGAUUGUUAGAGUACCUCAUCCCCUUGGCUGGUCAGAUUUAAUCUAAUCUGAUUUCUGUUGUGUUUACUUGUCAAUUCUCUUGCAAUCUGAGCAUCCACACUUUUCUUUUUUCCCCUUUUUGUUUGUUUUAGUUUACACUCAUUGUGUGGAGGCAACCCUGAGAUGUUGCUUGUUUCUUGUAACUACCUUUAAGUAGUAUCGAAAUGAUUGCAUA